CACAUCCCGCGCGGUCGCGCAGCCGCCGCCCGGCCCGCGAGGGCGGAGCCAGAGCCGCAGCCCAGCGAGCGGAGCGGAGCGGACCGGGAGCGCCAUGGGCGGCCCGCGCCCCGGCUGCGCGCUGCUGCUGCUGCUGCUGCUGCUCCGGGCCGGGCAGCCGCGGGGCGCCGAGCUCACCUUCGAGCUGCCGGACAGCGCCAAGCAGUGCUUCCACGAGGACGUGGACCAGGGCGCCAGGUUCUCCCUGGAUUACCAGGUCAUCACCGGAGGCCACUACGAUGUCGACUGCUACGUGGAGGACCCCCAGGGCAACGUCAUCUACAGGGAGACCAAGAAGCAGUACGACAGCUUCACGCACCGGGCCGAGGUCAAGGGCGUUUACCAGUUUUGCUUCAGUAAUGAGUUCUCCACCUUCUCGCACAAGACCGUCUACUUUGACUUCCAGGUGGGCGACGAGCCCCCCAUCCUCCCAGACAUGGGGAACAGGGUCACAGCUCUCACGCAGAUGGAAUCCGCCUGCGUGACCAUCCACGAAGCCCUGAAGACGGUGAUCGACUCCCAGACGCACUACCGGCUCCGGGAGGCGCAGGACCGGGCCCGGGCAGAGGACCUGAACAGCCGGGUCUCCUACUGGUCAGUCGGUGAGACUGUCGUCCUGUUCGUGGCCAGCUUCGGCCAGGUGCUGCUGCUGAAAAGCUUCUUCACGGAAAAGCGGCCCGUGAGCAGGGCCGUGCACUCCUAGCCCGGCGCCCGGCCCCGGGCCCCGCACGCCCCGGGUGGCAGCUCCCCCGGGUCGCAGGCUGUGGGGCCGGGAGCUGCCGGGGGAGUGUCUUGCCUUCCGUGCUGACGCCAGCUCCUUGCGCCCGGCGGCCGGAGCCCCAGAGCCCAGUAAUCUGAAGGCAUCCGCUUGCACCGUGUGUGUGGUGCUGAAACAGUGUUUACAGUCGGCUGGGGACAGGCCACUAGGGGAGGGCGGGCAGAGACCCGGCGGCCUGGCUGGUAGGAGGAAGCCCAAGUGCCCGGGCCGCCGGGGCAGCUCGGGGACCUGCCUCUGCUCCCUGAUGCUUCUGUCACUGGGCUUGUGUGUCCUGGCCCGUGUGCGGAGCAGAGGGGCUCUCGGUUCUAGCCUUUCCUCCCAUGGGGCUCUCUGUACCUGAGGAAGCCAGACCCUAACGUGGCUUUGCAGCUCUGCCCACCCCCGGCGAGUGACGGGGUCAGCGAUGCACGCGGGCCAGGACGGUGACGGGCGCCUUCGCCAGCUGUGCGUUUCCCAGGAGGCGGAGCGUGGCUAAUAAAAACCAAGUGUGAGCA